CCUUGCCCAUCCGCACAUACUAAACAUGUAACCGCUCUCAUUUUCUCUCGCUUUCUGCUCUUUCUCUCCUUACCCUCCCUCGUUCCACGCCAUCCACUUGUGGUGGUCUGGCAUAUCCAUUGUCUCGCAGCGGCCACACGUCCUACCCGCCUGACCUACCCACUUGCACAUUGCAUGGCUUACUACAGCUACGACCAGCACGACUCGCCCCGUCGUCAUGACUCCUACGGCUAUUCCAGUAUGAACCCGAAUGGGUAUUCCAACUUUGCCGCUUCCUACAACUCCUACGACCCCCGUUACCCCUCCUAUGCCACCGCCCCACCUGUACCUCGGCAGCCCUCAACGCAGUAUUCAUACCGUCCGAACAAUCGCAAGGAUCGCACAUGGCCCCCUUCGCCUAGUGUCGAAGAUGAGAAGGACUCGCUCGCGAAGGAGGUCCCGUCCCAGGACGUACACCCGGAGGAUGACAUACGCGAUGUUGAAUCGCGCGGCAGCAUCGAUCAGUACCCCAUAAUCCAGGAAAUUAAGCGACCUGAUGAUGACCGACGCUUCGUACUGCUCUCAAAUCCCAGCGCCGACUCGCCAGACAAGGAUAGCGCAAAGAAUCGCAGGAGGAGCUUCGCUGAGCGAGGGAAUAUGCACCACAUUAAGACCCAAGUCGAUGAACCUCCGAUGUUUACGGGCCGCACGCGUACACCGUACGCGUAUACAAAGCCUCAGAAAGAGGUCCUCACUCCAUCUGGAGAGUACACCCUCUCGCCGGAGCCAGUAACGCCAAGCCAUGCUAGCAUUCCGAGAACCGUUCCGAGUCGGGACGCUUGGGACGGUCACCGAGAUCAGGGGGAGAACCCAUCCAAGGUGGAAUUGCAUAAUAGCCGCUAUGACUCCUUUGCAGAGUCCCCACGGACAUCCAAACACGAUGUGUUCGAGGACACAGACACCGAUGAUGACACGACGUACCUGCAUGCGGAGCGCAAGCCGGCCCGCUACAGUUUCGUGAAGAGUGACCUUCAGAAGGACGACCUGAGAGCAAGCCUGUCGGACAGUCAAGGAAAGUCCAAGGCAAACCCGUCUGUCCAAGGGAGAACCAGUUCCGGAUCCUCCACACUCCAAACGCCUGGCACUCAAUCUCCUCGAUCGUCGACUUCUUCACUGGGCGGCGCAUAUCCAGCACGAGCUAAGGUCCCGCCUGCGCCGAUUGAGAGACACGAUAGCUCCAAGUCCUCAUACUAUGGGUCCCAAUCUUCAUGCCCUUCGUCGCCACGGCCGUGCUCGCCCCUACAUCGCGAUGCUGCUCCGUCCCCUCCGCGCUCACCGAACCAAACGCCACGCCGGACCGAUUCUCCAUCGACUUCCAGGCCAUCCUCCAGGUCAGGUCGCCAUGGCCCUCCAUCACCAUUCUCUUCUUCUACCGUUCAUCCACCUCCGUCUCCUAGAAUCGGUGAUGCGGACUGGCGUUCUACAUACCCUCCAGCAAACAUAUCUCCCAGGCCAAGAGCGUCAUCCCGCGUCAGCAGACAUGAUAGCCUGCCCACUCGCGGGCCCCGAAUCGAUGUGCAAUCCGCUUCUCCAGCUCGACCGCCCAAGCCAGAGCACCCUUUGCCUUAUCCGGUAGACGGUAUCUCUCUUGACGCCUUUAUGCCCCCUGAAGAAGAGUAUCAGUUUGACCAUUCGACCCGGGCAAGGUCCCCUAAUCCCGUUUAUGCAGAAUCGCAAAAACUACCCCCAUCGCCCGCGCCCAAUUCUCCUAGGGAUCGAUUCUCAAGAAAACACCCACACAAUAACGAACGGCCGCGACGGACUCUAAGCCUUGAUAGGCCCAUGCCAUCUUGUCCCAGGAGCGAGGCCUCUCCUAAAUAUGACGAUUGGUAUACCCUUGACAGCUGUCCUAACUUCGACAUCUGCCCCAGUUGCUAUUUCGGCGUCUUUGCAGACACGGAAUUCUCCGAUUAUUUCAGACCUGUUCACCGUUACGGCGAACGGUAUUGCGACUUCUCCUCCCCUUGGAUGCGGCUUGCUUGGUUGCUUACCAUCAAGCAGCAACGCCCGACUCCUGACCUUCUCUAUCAGCUAGCCACCAUUCUUGACGUAGAGGCUCCUUGUCCCAAAGAUCGCGAAGUCCGAGAUGCCGUGUGGUACGGCCUUCCAGACCCCAGGGAUGGCAUCCAUGUAUCCAACUUCUCGGUGUGUCCUUGCGACGUUAAGAUGCUCGAAGCCCUGUGCCCUACUCUACGAGGCUAUCUUACGCCACUCCCCUACUCUCAGGGCUAUAACCUCACCCAACAGAACUACAUCUGCGCACUCCGCACAAGCUCAAAACGUUUUCCCAAGUACCUCGACCUCCUCGUGGAAAUUGACGAAGAAGCACGAAACACGGGCCGCGGCCCAGACAUUUCUCCAUUCCUCAAAUUGGCCCGGGAACACGCUUUCCAGAACCAAUGCGCCCGCUCUAAGCCCUUGCAUCGGCGUCCCUGGCACUUCAUCCCCUCCCUCCCCGAGUUCACGGUCUGCGAAGAGUGCUACCAAGAUGUUGUCUGCCCCGCUUUUCAGCGCAAGAAUCCCAUCGCUAGGCUGUUCAAUUACACGACUCAGCUUGUCCCCGGGGAAGAUAGCACGGGGACGAGUUGCUGCUUGUAUAGUCCGAGGAUGCGGAAGGUGUGGGAUAGGGCGAUUGAGAAGGAGGAUUUCGGAUAUUUGAGGCGGAAGGCGACUGACAGGAAAGAGGUGGAGAGAAGGUUGGUCGGGGGCUUGAUGGAGAUUGAAGAGUGGAAGAGGAGAGCGGCGAGUGGGGUAGGGGCCCAUGAUGCGGACAGGAUGGUGGAGCGGUUGAGGAGGGAGUUGGUGCGGGACUAUGAAGACUGGGAGGCCGUGGAGUAGGGUGUGGGGGUGGGUUUGAAAGUGCUCGGUGAAGGAUCUGCGGCUAUGGCUAUGUGUGACGAUUGGUAAUGAUUGAACGACCGCACGAAAAACGAUGAGAGUUGAUGGUCUGCUGUUAUGAUAUUAUGAGAACAUGCAGCAUUAUACACGUACUGAUAGUUUUGGCCCAUUGUAGGGGCCAUGUGACCCUCC